AUGUAUUUCAAUCUCUUCAUUAAUCUCUUAUUUACAUGGAAGUAUAUAACAUGUAUAAUAUAUGAUUUUCAAAGAUAUCCAUUUUCAAAUGAUGAUGAAUUUCAAAAUGAGUUAAUUAGACAAAACGAUUUCUUUAUUGGCUUUAAUGAAUCCUGGCCAUUAAGAAAUGUGAACGACUAUUUAGGGGUGGUAUCCUCUGUUAAAGCAACGGAUCAAUCCGCUUCAAAUGUUUAUGUUUUACAUCGUGGUGAUCGAGUAUGGGAUCAAAAUACAUUUGAUGAUCGAGAUAAUUACCGUCUCAAUAAGUCUGAACCUAUACAAAAAGGAGUUUUAGUACAAAUCUUUAAUGGAGAGAUUAAAAGAACUUAUUUUCCUUUCAAAUUCUUCCUUCCUCAUGGGCUUACAAUAGAUCCAGAUGGAAAUUUCUGGAUUACAGAUAUAGCUUUACAUCAAGUUUUUAAAUUCUCAUCAAAUUUAUCAAGUGAACCACUAUUAACACUUGGUGAACGUUUUAAACCUGGUUCAAGUGAAAAUCAAUUUUGUAAACCAACGGACGUAGUAGUUUCUUCAAAUGGACAAGUUUUUAUCUCUGAUGGGUAUUGCAAUAAUCGCAUUGUGAAAUUUAAUGAAAAUGGAGAAUUUCUAAAAUCAUGGGGCUACGAAACAAAAGAUUCAGAAUCUCCAGGACCAUAUGAUUUAAAUAUUCCUCAUCAGUUAUCUUUAUUGGAAGAAGAAGAUGCAAUAUGUGUGGCAGACAGAGAAAACAAACGUAUUGUAUGCUACAUAGCUGGUUUAUAUUCGACAACAUCAGAUAGUACCGGUGAUUAUCUAUUUGAGUACAAACAACCAGAGAUGAGAGCAAUCUAUGGCAUCGCCAUUGAACCUUCAACUAAAUUAAUAUUUGCUCUUGUGGGCUCUACACCUAAUGAAGAUAAUUCAUACGUGGAAAUUAUUGAUUUUAAUUCACAAGAGUUAAUUGGUGAAAUCAGAAAUCAAUGGGAAACAGGAUUCGGUAAUGUGCAUUCUAUAACAACAUGUCCAUACAAUAAAGGAAUAAGUUGUAUACUAUUCUGUAAUACAAAUUUACCAUCACAACUAAAUCAACCGGUAUUAUCAAAUCAAACUCAAAGAAUUAAAAGUAUUUCUAAAUAUCAAGAAGAUUUCAAUCAUGAACAACUUGAACGACGUUUAUGGCUUUAUCAUUUACGAUUUAACUCUGAAUACAAUUAUUAG